CUAGAUCACUCUCUCUCUUACGCUAGAGCUGUCCGAAAUGGAAAGAGGGGAUGAAGCGCAACUGUACCGGAACUUCAAACAUCUGUACGAAGGGUUAAUGAGGGGCGACAUUGACAAAGUGCUGAGACAAUAUGAAAAAUUACCGGCUUGUCCUCCAAAGCAGUUAACGGUGCUGGGAGACACACUUCUUCACAUCGCCAUUUACAUGGGCCAUGAAAACAUAGCAAGAGAAAUCCUCAACAGGCAGCCCCAGCACGAUCUUUGUACACUCAUCCGCGCUCAAAACGCCGUCGGAGACACCAUUCUCCACGAGGUCGCUGCCACCAAUAUGGUGGGACUCGCCAGGUAUUUGCUAGAGAAGGCUCAAGAUUUGCUUUAUACGGCCAACGAGCUUGGAGAAACGCCUCUCUUUCGUGCUGCCCAUAACGGUCAACGACAAAUGUUUGACCUCCUUGCUUUGGCAGUGCAUAUGACAGACCGAGACAAUCUCCAACGACAUCUAAUCAGGAAGGACCGCACUAACAUUCUUCACAUGGUCAUUCUUGCUGAGUUCUUUGAUCUUGCUUUUGUAAUAGCUAAAAAAUAUCCGUUUUUAGUAAUUGAAAGAGAUGGAUUUGGGAAAAUAGGUCUUCAACUAUUGUCAAGCAAUCCUUUGGCGUUCAUGAGCGGAAGGAAUUAUGGAUUACUCAAGAGAUUGAUUUUUAGAUACUGUGCUCCGAGUACGUAUGAGAACACCAGGAAGAAAGAAGGUUACCAGGGAGAAGAUCAAAUAGAUUCUUACGAAAUCGAUUCAUUGGAUGAUGAAGAUGAGGAUCCAGACAAUCGUAAGCCUAAAGAUUGCAAGAUGCCUCAAGCAUUUACUGUUUGCAUGUCCAUCUUUGCCUCAGUAUUAACAAAGUUAAAUAUUUCAAUAUGGACAUUUCUUAGAGCAUGGCCAACGAUUGAAAGAAUGUAUAAAGAACAUGGAAAGCAUGAAUCGGCUUUCAGACUAGCCAAGUUGCUUAUAAAACAAGAUACAACGUGGGAAAUAAAUUUGUCCAAAGAAGACAGAGGCAAGAUUUCUCUUGGAGUUUCCAACCUCCCAAAAGGAGAGGAUGAUGAAGAAGAAGGAAAAAACAUAGCAAGGCAAGGUAAAAAUAAGAAAGGAAAAGAGCAAAGACUUCGCACUAAGAGUACUACUCUUCCUCCUCGCAGAUUUAGCUCUCUUCUUCCUUCAACUGAUUUUCCUCCUGGUAUGGACGACAAAAGUUUUCCAAAUCCUAACACAGAAGUAUCCGAGAGCAGUGAAAUUGAAAGAGAAACAAAUGAGCAAACAAUACCUCCUGUAUUGCGCGAUUUACCUGCUCCUCCUACCUCACUUCUUACCGCUACAAGCCACGGGAUAGUUGAAAUUGUUAAGGAGAUUCUAAGAGUGUUUCCUCAGGCAGUGGAACAUGUAAGCGAUGCAGGGCAGAAUAUAUUGCAUAUAGCCAUUAAACACCGGAAAUUGGAGAUCUUUCGUCACGUAAAGAAGAUGCAAUUGCCGAUGACUAGGUUGGUUAGAAGGAUAGACAACAAUGGAUACACAAUUUUACACCAUGUUGGAGUCAUGAGGUACUACACUGGAGGUACUCUCCCUGGUCCUACACUCCAGUUGCAAGAAGAGUUGCGUUGGUUUGAGCGUGUCCGAAAGAUUGUUCCACCCCAUUAUGAGAUGCAUCGUAACAACAAAGGGGAGACUGCUCAGGAGUUCUUUCGUCGAACACAUUCGAAACUCCUCAAAGAAGCUCAGGAUUGGCUUAAGCGGACCUCUGAGUCGUGCUCUGCUGUGGCUGUUCUCAUCGCCACCGUUGCCUUUGCCGCUGCUUAUACCGUCCCGGGAGGUUCGAAUCAGGAUACAGGGGUUCCCAUCCUGCUUCAUGACCCGUUCUUCUUGGUAUUCACAGUCAUGGAUGUUCUCUCCCUGGCCAGCUCUUUGACUUCCGUUGUUAUGUUCCUUUCGAUUCUUACUUCCCCAUUUCAGCUCCAAGAUUUCCAUUAUUCCCUCCCUCGGAAACUAACCCUUGGCUUCACAUUCCUCUUCUUUUCUGUGGCGGUGACAAUGCUUGCGUUCGCGGCCACGAUCGUGCUCAUAAUUCAUUUGAAGAAGAGAUGGAUUACAACUCUCAUUUACGGCCUUGCUUUCCUUCUAGUCACUGUCUUUGCUCUGUUGCAGUUCCCUCUGUACCUUGCAUUCAUGGAUACCAUGAAGUAUUCUUGGAAAAUGGUCAAGCAUUCUCUUCCUGCUCUUCCUUGUUCUACCAAUGUGUCCACCUUUUACAAGAGCGAGUGAGAUGGUGCCGAUCAAAGAGAUUUUUAUAUGUGAUGCGAAUUAAACUUUUUAAACAUAUUGUAACAUAUAUGAUGUUGUGAUCAUUCAAAAGUCACCUUAUUUGAUAGCAAUUUUUGUUCUAAUUUUGUUCAAAAAUCCAAAUCUAAUAGCCCUUUUGUGUGGUACU